AUGACACAGGUGAGUGUGAGAGUGUUUCUCAGGCAGGUGUGAGUCGCGUGGCUUCAGGUGAGCAGCUCUGGAGAAAUAAUCCUGCUGUUUCACACAGAGGCGCGAGCGCGUGAGCGCGUCACUAUAAGAGCGCGUGGAGCUCAAGCGCGCUCACGCUCACUCUCAGUGCAGGACACGGACGCGCAGCGGAGCUGUAACGAUGCUGGCUGUGAUCCGGCUGAUCUUCAUCCUCUGGACCUUCAUCUUCAUCAGCGCGGAGAAGGUCUUCCACAGCAGAGAUCAUUCAGAUGCGAUGAACGACAUCCGUCAGGCGGAACUCAUCACCGACACCGACACUGCACAGAGGUUUCUGUCUAAGUACGGCUUCAUAAGAGACGGAGAUGAUCCUCAGAUCCCAGCGGGUCAGACCGAGGUCAGUCUCUCUCUGGACCUUCAGGAGGGAGGAAGCGUGUCCAGAUCCAGCAGCCCUGAUCUCCGGUUCAUCUCGGCCCUGAAGGAGUUCCAGCGGGUGUCCGGUCUGCCCGUCUCAGGUGUGUUUGAUGACGUCACCAAAGCAGCCAUGAAUAAACCCAGGUGUGGCGUCCCGGACCAGGACGAGGAGCUGGAGUCUGCCGAACAAGAGCUGAACGAGACGGCCGAGUCCAACAGCACCACAACACACAAUCACACUCAUGCUGCAGCUAAUAAUACUGAACCUCCCGGGCGGAAACAGCGCCACCUAGCGGCGCUUCUGAGGAGCAGGAGGAGGAGAGAUGCGAGCGAGUGGAAGGGACACAUGGCCUUCUCUAAGAGUCUGCUGAAGUGGCGUCUGAUGGGAGAAGGUUACAGCAGUCAGCUGUCCAUCGACGAGCAGAAGUACAUCUUCAGACUGGCCUUCCGCAUGUGGAGCGAAGUCUCUCCGCUGCAGUUCGUGGAGGACGUCGACUCGCCUCUGGAGGACAUCGACAUCCGACUGGGCUUCGGGACAGGUCGUCAUCUGGGCUGCUCUCAGCGGUUCGACGGCGCCGGGCGAGAGUUCGCUCACGCCUGGUUCCUCGGGGACAUUCAUUUCGACGAUGAUGAACAUUUCACCGUCCCAAACACAGGCAGCGGGAUCAGUCUUCUCAAGGUAGCGGUCCAUGAGAUCGGUCAUGUUUUAGGGCUUCCUCACAUCUACCGCUCCGGAUCCAUCAUGCAGCCCAGUUACCUUCCUCAGGACGCCGGCUUUGAGAUCGACUGGAUGGACCGCAAAUCCAUCCAGAGCCUGUACGGUGAGUGUAAGGGCCGCUUCAGCACCGUGUUUGACUGGAUCAGGAAGGAGCAGACGGCGUACGGCGAGGUGGUGGUGCGGUUUAACACCUACUUCAUGCGAGACGGCUGGUACUGGCUCUAUGAGAACCGUAACAACAGAACCCGCUACGGGGAUCCGGUGGCGGUGCAGGUGGGCUGGCACGGGCUUCCCUCCAGCGGCGUGGACGCUUACGUUCACGUGUGGAACCGCAAAACAGACGCUGUCUACUUCUUUAAAGGCGUGCAGUACUGGCGUUAUGACAGUGAGAACGAUCAGGUGUUCACUGAAGACUCAGACGGCCGCUCGUACCCUCGUCUGAUCUCUGAAGGCUUUCCCGGUGUGUCUGGACCAGUGGACACAGCAUACUACGACCGGAGAGAUGCUCACAUCUACUUCUUCAAGGGCUCACAGGUGUUCAGGUUUGAUGUGCGCAUGCACCGCUUGGCUUCUUCUUCCCCACAAAAAAUCACAGAGGUGUUUCCCGCCGUUGUCCCCGGUAACCAUCCCCUCGGUAACCUGGAUGCGGCGUAUUUCUCGUACUCACACAACACAGUGUUCCUGCUGAAGGGCUCGUGGUUCUGGAGGAUGGUGAGCGGCAGAGAUCGCAGACGGAGCGCCUCGCUGCCACCGAACGGCCUCAUGCCCCGCAGAGAGGUGGAGCAGCAGUGGUUCGACAUCUGCGACGUCCACAGCAGCUCUCUGAGAACCGCACGCAGAUGAUGAGAUCUGAUCUCAGAUCAGCCUCAUGCUGAAUGAGGAAGCCUGCAGCACUUGAACUGAACGGACGCUGAGCGCAUGAGGACGUUCAUCUGAAUCUGGGAUUUCCAGAUGAGUUCAAAUAUACAAUUGAAGUCUCCGGAGGUUUAAGUUAAAGCAAUAGUUCACACAGAAAUGAACAUGUGCUGUAAAUGUGUUCAUUCUGAGUUCAUCAGAGAUCAGGAUGAGUUUGUUUCUUCAUCAGGUUUGUAGAAAUGUAGCACUGCAUCAGUGUCUCAU